CUCCUACAGGUGCCAUUUUGUGCUAAACGGGCAGCUGUAUGACCUUCAAAAGGAACACUGCAUCUUGGUUACAGCAAAUCCUCACCAGCCUUUUUGUUUUCCUAGCCGUCUUGAUCUCACCAUGGUCUGGAAACUGUUUUUGAUGGCUCUUCUCUGUGGACUGUUUGGUUCUGUUGCAGCAACUCAAGAUAUGUGCUGCCUGUCUGUUUGCCUUUCAGAUUGUGGCUUCUGCUAUGAGCUGAACAUGGGGGUAGUUAUUGUGCUCAUUGUGUGUGACAUAAUUCUCACUCUUCUUAUUGCCAUCUCAGUCUAUUGUUUUGCAUCACAACAGAAGAAGAGCAGCUCACACACAUUUACUAAAUCUUGUGAGACAGGUAAAGGACAGCUUCGCCAGCCAUCGAGCAGGCCAAAGGAUGUUGAAAUGACAGAGUCGCCUUAUCAGGAACUACACGGAGACCAGUCAGAUAUAUACAGUGAUCUCCACCAGUAUCGGAAAUCAGGCAACAUGUGAAAGAAUCAGUUGGUGUAAAAUGAGAAUGGUGAGCUUAGAUCCAGUUCUGUCACUCUGUUCUUGAGUGAGCUGUUCUUGUUCAGUUCAAAAUAUAAGAACAAAUGAAAGAGAAAUAAUUUAAAUGCUAUUUAGCAGGCUCUGUGUAAAUUAACUCCAUUUUUUAAAUAAAACACCUUGCAUUAUACACAGCUAAACAUAUCAUAACAACUGUAAAAAUGGCUCUAAAUCAUGAAUUUGGAAUAAUCACGUCUUGCCUUAAUAACAACUUCAAAUUGAGAAUUUAAGACCAUGUUUGAUCAAGAAAUAAUCUGCAUAUCUUUAAAGGUUUUAAUAGAUUUGGGUGUGGGACUGAAAUCCUCUUUUAUGUAUGAUUUCUGUGGAAGUCACCUGCAAUUGCCAACUUAUAUUAAAACUUGUAUACCAUGUAAUUAAAUUUUAAGAGGUGUAUAGUGACCAAAGGUACAUUUGCUUAUCCCUCACAGUGUCUAUACAUAGGCUACAUAGAAUACGUGCUAUAAAAUACCAAGACUAAACAAUUUAAAGCUAUUUUCUAUCUUGUGAAGCAGUAACCCUUGUCACAUGUGGCUGGGAGCCACAAUCCCUCACUGUGUUCUCUUCCCACUCCCAUCACAUGACCGGAGCAAUUAAUUUUGUAACAGAUAGUCAACGACCCUUGUUUAUCUGUGUCAUAUAUGUUGGGAGCUCAAACAAAAAGGUAUACUUGCUGGAAGCCCCAAGGACUGUGAUGACAACGUAGGUCGUGCCUUGUGUGUGCAUGUGUGUGUGUGUGUGUGUGUGUG